GCUCCCUAUUGGUCAUCGGGCUGAAGGGGGUGGAUGAGGGAUGGAGGAGGAGUGUCCUCAUUAAAGUAUAAAGGACCCAGUCAGUUCCAGCUGCCGGUAUCUGACUGACGCACUGGGUGGGUUUUCCUCUUACGCUGACUUGGUGUGAAGCUCACACCCCCUCAUACGAUGUUCCGAGUGGCUGUAAUCUGCCUCGCCCUCUCCUGCAAUCUCCUGCACGCGGAGGCUGGUCCUGAGGAGGAUAACAUUGAGGUCGACGAUGAAGCUGAACUGCGGUCCAAGUUUGAGGAGUUCAAGGAGCAGUACAAGAAGAACUAUGACCAGGAGGAAGAGGAGAAAAGGUUCCGGAUCUUUGUGGAAAAUCUCAAGGCAGCCAAACGGAUGCAGGAGCUGGACGCAGGCACCGCGAUCUACGGAAUCACCAAGUUCAGCGACAUGUCAGAUGAAGAAUUUGGUGCUUUUUACCUCAACCCAAUAAUCAGUAAUAACAACGACACUUGGCCAGAGGAGGCCCAUUGGACAGAAUCAAGCGGGCGACUGACAAACCUGUCAGCACCCGUUAGGUUUAAUUGGAAGAAGAUGGGAGCAGUGACCAAAGUUAAAGAUCAGAGACGCUGUGGAUGCUGUUGGGCUUUCGGCGCGGUGGCUAAUAUCGAGUCGAUGUGGUUCAUCAAGACAAAGCAGCUGAAGGAACUGUCGGAGCAAGAGCUGGUUGACUGUGAUACUUUAGACAAGGGCUGCAAAGGAGGUUACCCCUACAACGCUUUCAACUCGAUUGUUCAAUUAGGGGGAAUGAUGCGUUCAAAAGACUACAGAUAUAAAGGCAGAAUGAAUGUCUGCACUUUCAAACCGUCCGAAGUCAUUGCAAAAAUUCAGACCUAUCGAAAUAUCCGACCACAUGAAGAGGAAAUGGCAGCGUGGUUGGCUCGAAAAGGCCCAAUCGUAGUUACCAUGAAUGCAGGCGCCAUGAAGGGAUACAGGAGAGGGAUAUCUCGACCUGAUACUACAGAGUGCAACCCUGCUGUAUUGGAUCACGUGGUGCUGAUUGUGGGCUAUGGCGUAGCCCGAGGUCAUCCUUACUGGAUCAUCAAGAACAGCUGGGGUGCAGACUGGGGCGAGGAGGGGUACUUCCGUCUCUACCGCGGAGAGAGAGCUUGUGGAAUCAACAAGUACCCAGUCACCGCUAUCGUCUAAUAGAAGGUCUGGCAAGUCGCACGGAGAGACAUGGGCAAUUCCACCACACGCAGCCCUUCAGAAGAUGGGAGCUCAGAUUCUCAGCUUAAUGCAGCUUCGGUGCUCAAAAGGGGAUUGCCCCAGACACCCACCCCCACACCCCCAAUCUCCCUCACCCCCACCCCCACCCAUUGGCGAUGCCGAUCGCACUUCCCAAUUCCAGUGUCACUCCCUGACCCGCUCAGUAUGGGAUGUUACACCGGUCUCAGGCACUCUCUAAACGCCCGAUUAAUGUACAAGUCGCAAGGCCCCAUUUCGGAUCCAAUCGGCAACUGGUUCUGGGUGAAAACAAACCAGAAAUGUUGAAGAAAAACGAUUGUGUGAUUUUGGGAGUUAACUUUUAAUGAUAACCAACCAAUCAGGGGUCACUUGUAAUUCUGGCCAAUGGGAAGAGAGUAGUCGAUUGGCAUUCUGGCCAAUGGGAAGAGAAUUGGUCGAUUGUAAUUCUGGCCAAUGGGAAGUGAGUGUUUGAUUGGAAUUCUACCUGAUUGGAAGGGAUUGGUCCAUUGUAUUGCUGUUGUCCAAUUUAACUCAACUCCAUCUCAAGCAGAUGUGGUUUUCAGCUUUUGCGAUAGUUUAAUAAAGCAACAUGAACAUC